CGUUUAUCCGUUGCGGGACUGAACGUGUCUGUUGAUCAAAACUCGCGCUCUAUCUUUCUCGCCUGACGAGAGCGGAAGCAGGAAGAGAAAAGGAGGAAGAUGAUACUGCACUCUCCGCCGAGUCCGUCGGCGGUCUGCUUCGGUCUCCCCUCCAAAUCCAUACUUUCACCCGAAUUGGAAGUCCUUCCCUCUUCCUCUUUCUCCUUCCCUCCUUCCUCUUCCCGCCAUUUCUCCCGACUCCUUCCCCGUCGCUGCCGCUCGCUCCUUCCCUCACCAAGAGCCCUCAACGACGUCGAGGAUACCUUCACCAAGUACUCUGGAUACGUUUUCCAGGGAACCGCGGGCUCUGAGGCUGCUUUCCUGGAAUACUAUGAUACUUCGAGGAUUGCCGCCAUUUACGGCCGCAGGCCCUUCCUCCUCCUCCGCCGGCUCCUCCAGAUAGUUCAAACGUUCGGCCGCUGGUUUGCAGUACGUUAUAUCGAUGGAAUCAUUGGUCGAUCGGAUGAGAUGUUCAAGGUCCGAGCAGCAGAACUUAGAUCAUUACUAGUGGAGCUUGGACCAGCUUUUGUCAAAGUUGCGCAGGCCAUUUCAUCUCGGGCUGACAUCAUUCCACCAGCUUAUCUUGAAGAGCUGUCAUUACUGCAAGAUCAAAUUGCACCCUUUUCUUCAGAAGUUGCUUUCAGUAUAAUGGAGCAAGAACUUGGUUUGCCAAUAGAUUUGCUUUUUUCAGAAAUAUCACCAAACCCGGUUGCAGCAGCCUCCCUGGGACAGGUUUAUCAAGCAAGGCUAAGGUUUAACGGGAAGCUUGUUGCUGUCAAGGUUCAGAGACCUGGUGUUCAAGCUGCUAUUGCAUUAGAUAUCUUUAUUUUACGCUAUCUUGCAGGGAUAAUACGAAAAGCAGCAAAAUUGAACACUAACCUUCCUGCUGUUGUUGAUGAAUGGGCAGCAAGUCUUUUUCGGGAAAUGGAUUAUCGAUCAGAAGCAAGAAAUGGUCAGAAAUUCAGAGAAUUGUAUGGCAAUCUGCAAGAUGUUGUGGUACCAAGCAUGUACAUGGAUCUCUGCACUCGUCAAGUUCUUACCAUGGAGUGGAUUCAGGGACAAAAGCUAUCAGAAGUAAAAGAUCUUUACCUUAUUGAGGUUGGGGUGUAUUCUUCUUUAACUCAGCUUCUGGAAUAUGGCUUUUAUCAUGCUGAUCCACAUCCUGGAAAUCUUUUACGCACUUCAGAAGGGAAGCUGGCAUACUUGGAUUUUGGAAUGAUGGGUGAAUUUAAAGAAGAAUUACGUGAUGGAUUUGUCGAAGCUUGUGUGCAUCUCGUUAGUCGAGAUUUUGAUGCAUUGGCUUAUGACUUUGUCACACUUGGGCUUCUUCCUCCAACUGCAAAAAAGAGUGAGGUGACUAGUGCCUUAACAGGUGUUUUCCAGAAUGCUGUUUCAAAAGGAGUUCGGAAUAUUAGUUUUGGUGAUUUAUCAGGAAAUUUGGGCCGCACCAUGUACAAGUUUAAGUUUCAGAUACCAUCUUACUUUUCACUAGUUAUUCGAAGUCUUGCGGUACUGGAAGGAAUUGCUCUAAGCUUUGAUCCAAAUUACAAAGUUUUAAGUAGUGCGUACCCCUGGAUUGCACGGAAAGUACUUACUGCUGCUUCUCCAAACGUCAGAUCUACACUUGAAACUCUUCUUUAUAAGGAUGGCACAUUUAGAAUCGACCGACUGGACUCCUUACUCUCUGAGUCCCUCCGUACUAGGACAGUUUUCAGAAGGAAUGAUGCAGAAGAGGCUGGUCGUGACUCUAGAAUGGCUGCAAAGCAGCUACUUUAUUUUACUUUGAGUGAAAAGGGAGAGUUUUUGAGGGACAUACUCCUUACAGAAAUAACAAAGGGGCUUGAUGCACUCCGUGUUGCAGCAUUCAAUUCUAUCGCUUCUCGUGCUAUGACGUUGCCUUUUACUUUGCCCUUGUGGUCAUACUCCACCAUGGAAGAAGAAGAUAUCUCAAAUUUGAGAACAUUAAAUCGCCUUGUAUCACUAAUAGCAAGGUUUUCUCGGAAUAAAAGUCCAAGUGCAGUAAACGGGGUCACUGACAUUGAUGCAGAGACUAGAACUCCUGAAGAGGAGGCUUUGCUUGUGCUUCAUCAACUAGGUGGUUUGCAGGAUCUCCUGCCAUCUACCUUUGAUGUCCUUAGCGAGAUUUCUCCUGAAGCACGUCAAGAAGUUCUACUGAUGCCUGCAGAUAUAGCAGGACGGUUAUCAUCACGGAUUGUUGCAAGAACGAUCCGUAGGAUCAUUGUUUGACCUCUCGGAAUUGCAGACCAAGUGUAGAAAUGUUCCAUUAGAAGAUCUUCAUCCAGGCACUCAAUUUUGUCAAUGGCUUAUUAACAAAAGUUAUUUGAAACCUGUGCCUUAAUAUUUGGAGAUGGCGUCUUCCUCGGCAAAUUAAACCAAGGCAAAUCUUCAACCAAACUGAACCACGGUGUAGACCAUAGAAGGUCACUUGUACAUCUAUACCUGAACUUGAUUGAAAAUGUGCCAAUGUCUAGAUUAGUGGGUUAUGUAGUGUGGCUUGGAGCCAAGGGGGAAAAAAAAAAGAAACACUUGGAGGUAAGAGACAAAGUAGUCGACCAAGGUCUUGAACCCAUGUAGUCCAAUGAUGAAAGUCAUAUCCUUUAUUCACGACGAAGUGGUCACGGACGCACGGUUCAUUCAGUCUGUCAAUGCAAACGGUUCACUGUGCUAAUAUCUUGUGCCAACAGUAAGCCUAUGUUCAUUUUUGAGAGGGUGUUAGAAAUGGUGAUAUAGCA